GUUGAUAAGCACUGUAGGUUCAGAAUGAUGGACUCAGAUAAAGUGGCCCCAGCUUCUCAGCCGGAUCGUCGUCUGUACGAUCGACCGAAGAGAUUCACAACCGAAGGCCAGAGAACAUUGGACACGGAGAAAACACUGGUGUUCGUCUGAGCCUCUGGAUGUCAUGGCCCGAGAAAAGGAGGAGCUGAAACCUCUGAUGGAGCAUAAGCCGCCGAAGCUUAUGCUGGAGGAUCGAUUUGUAAAAUACAAUUUGCUGUACGAGUUCGCGGAUGCAUGUGCUCAUAAGGCCGUGGCGACAGUGCUGGCUAUUUUUUUCUUGGAGGGCUUACUUUUCAGCGAGAAUGCUUCGGCACAGCUCGUGCACUUGUUCAUCUACUGCAGUUAUGGAUCAGGCAUUACCGGAUCCCUUGUCAGCCAUGGGUUUCUGGGGGUAUACUUAUCUACAUUCCUAUUUGCGUCAAUGCAAAUCGGAGGUUACCUGCUGCUGGUGUUAACAGCCCUACCACAGUUCUCAGCCUUUUCGUUCCUCCUAUUUGCAGGUCUGUUGCUUGCGUCUGUAGGAUUUGGAGCCAACAAAACGUGUUUCGUCACCUACGGAUGCCAGCAGGUGAAGGAGUCGGUGGAGAGGAGAAGAAGAGGUAGAAGGGAAUUGGAAUAUGGAGGCUGGUCAGGGGACAAGGAACUGGAUCUUACCAGCUCGAGCGAAGAAAGAAUUGCCAGUCAGCGAUACCUCACGACAAUUAUGAUGGGCAGCCAAGCAGGCUACAUUUUUAGUACUUUCUUCACUCCCAUCAUUCGAGUUAAAGGCGCCGGGUCUUACUUCUACGUCUUUCUGCUGCCUUUGGUGUCGAAGACUGUUGGGACAUUGGCUUUCUGGUUAGGCAGAGACGAUGUUGAUUCGGAAGGAUCGAGUUCCAUUAAGCAGGGUGACAAGAGUUGUCAGGAAUCAGUAGGGGAACACACCAAGCUGAUAGACGGAGGAUUGGCAAAAGCAGAGGAUUGUCCGACGCGCACCUGGGAUGAGUAUAAAGCCUUGUUAUCUGCACUAAUCGUUUUGCUCCCACUGAUUGUAUAUGCCGCACUCGCUGCUCAAGGUGGAUCAACGUGGGUCUUUCAAGCUCGACGAAUGAAUGGCCAGUUGCCCUGGCUUGGCGACUGGACAAUUCCACCUGAUCAAAUGCCGGUCAUUGGUCAAGUUCUGACUAUACUAUUCAUGCCCCUGUUUGAGAUGGUGGUGUAUCCUUUUUGCGACAAGUACAUCGUGAAUCUGACCAGCUUGAGGAAAUUAGUGCUGGCUCUAUUGACGAUCUCGACAGCCUUUACAGUGUCUGGGAUCCUAGAAAUGGUCAUAGAUAGCGACCUUCGAAAGAAUGGAGCAGAACAGGCAGACAUCUCAAUAUUUUGGCAGGUCCCUCCGUUCGCUCUUAUGGCAGCUUCGGAUACCCUCUUCUUGGUCUCAAUAGCGCACUUUACUUACCAUGAAGCUCCCGACUCGAUGAAAUCAGCAGUCUCUGGAGUCAUGCACACCAUCAUUGCUUUCGGAAAUCUUAUCACCAUAUCUGUUAUAGGAGCUCUUGGACAGGACGCUCCAAAAUUCGAGGAAUGCUUUGUGUUUGCAGCUAUCGGCUUUGUUGCAGCUCUGAUCCUGGCUGGUCUUGGUUACUGCUACGUUCCUAGGUUGACGAGGGAAUCCAGGAAACAGAAUCUUUAUGAUAAACUAUGAGUAGUGAGUCGUAUGAAGCAAGAACCUCUCAAGGCUCCUAUUGUACCAAUUAGCCAAAUGUUCAUAUCACUGUCAAUUUUUGCCGCUGCUUAGCCAAAAAUUAUGGCUAAGCCACCAUUCACGUGGAGAUGAAAUCUUCGAGGAUUCACAUGUCUUUUGAAAUCUGUACACACGGAUACUCUCACGGUACUCGAUCUUCAGACCCAGAAUUUGCUUCAGAUGUCAAAAAUUCUUGCUGCAUCACAGAUACACAAGGCAAUAAAUGAAACAUCCAGGAAAUGCACUGUUUACC